AUGUCGUGGGAAACUUAUGUUGAUGAUCACUUGAUGUGUGACAUUGAGGACCAUGAAGGUCACCGUCUCACUACGGCCGCCAUCGUCGUCCAUGACGGUUUUGUUUGGGCUCAGAGUGCCACUUUCCCUCAGUUCAAGCCAGAGGAGAUUAAUGGCAUUACAACAGAUUUCGACGAACCUGGUCAUCUCGCACCAACAGGCCUACAUCUUGGAGGAACAAAGUACAUGGUAAUUCAAGGAGAGGCUGGAGUUGUCAUCUGUGGAAAGAAGAUAAUUUAUCUGCUAAUAUCAAUUCCAUUCCCAUGCUUAAUGGGACAAACUUCAAGGAUUGGAAGGAGAACGUAUUGAUUGUUCUUGGUU